AGUAGAUCAGGUACAUGAUCGUAAUAGGUGUUUAACCUAGUGUAUUUGAGAAUCGCUUUGCUUUGUCUAAUUUUUUUACACCUCAUGUUUUUAGUUCAUAUCCAUAACUAAUUUAGAAUAAACAAAUUAACACUGUUAAUAACAGGAAAAGUAUCUGAAAAAAUGUGGAAACUUCGUGAAAUUACAGACAAAGUCACUAAUGUUGUGAUGAACUAUACUGAGAUUGAAGCCAAAGUUCGAGAAACUACCAAUGAUGACCCUUGGGGUCCCACUGGACAUCAGAUGCAAGAAAUUGCACAAAGUACAUUUUCAUAUGAGCAAUUUCCAGAGGUUAUGGGAAUGCUAUGGAGGCGAAUGCUGCAAGAUAAAAAAAAUUGGAGGAGAACAUACAAGUCUUUAUUAGUUUUAGCAUAUCUUGUAAAAAAUGGAUCUGAACGUGUCGUCACAAGUACCAGGGAACAUAUUUAUGAUUUAAGAAGUCUUGAAAGUUACCACUUUAUAGAUGAAUGUGGCAAAGAUCAAGGAAUAAAUGUUCGACAAAGGGUCAAGGAACUCAUUGAAUUUAUCCAAGAUGAUGAAAAACUUAGACAAGAAAGGAAAAAAGCAAAGAAAUCAAAAGACAAAUACAUUGGGAUGUCUAGUAAUUCACAAAGUUCCAGGUAUAAAGACAGGUAUGAAAAAGACCUUUGGAAGGAAAAGGAUGAUUCUGAAAAUUUCCAAAGUCAUCAGAAUACUGUGACUUCAAGAUUUUCUUUGGAUAAAGGCAAAAAUUAUGAAGACAUUCCUGACAGUAAUGAUGAGGAGAAAAUAUCAAAUGAAAGUGAUUUAGGAAUAAGGGAGAUAGAUCUCAACUCUCCAAGGAAACAGAAUAUUAAAAACAUUAAUAAGGAAGACUCACCAGUGAAGCAAAAAGAAUUAAAAAAGGUAGAUUUAGGAGCUGCUGCCAUGUAUGGGAAAGUAUGGGAAAAUAUAUAUGAUCAAGAAUAUGACGACAAAAAAACAUCUUUAAUAGAUCACUCCUUCCAAGAAUCUUUAUCAAUUGAUAGCAUUGCAAAAGAACAGAAAAGUAAAUCCACAAACCAAGAUCUACUAGGUGACUUGGUUGAUUUGACACCGGAAAACGAGUCAGGAGCCAAUGGAGACUUUGCAGAUUUUUCACAGUUCCAAGGUGCCUCAGACACACAGCUUACAAA